AUGAAAAGUUCAUCGGCAGCCUCAACCAACUCGACUAAUUUGCAAGAAAGCCAGUCGUGUUGCUCUUCCCAGCUUGUUCCGGACAAGUCAUUCUGUGGACAACAGCUAAUUCAUAAAUUGGAAAUCUUGACGGUUCAGUCACUUAACCGUCACUACGAACAACUCUCAGACAUGGAGGGGACUCGAGGGCGCCCAGCUCUCGCCCACCGCAAUCUCUGCCUCGAGAAUGCGUUUCUAAAGCCCGACGGCAGCAGUUGCCUCGGUGGUCUUGAGUACGCGGUGUGCCCUCCACCAACACCCCUUCCCGUGCCCAUACCUCAACUCCUUCAGAUGUUUGCGGCUCACGUUCAGGAGUGGUCUUUUGAUGCUUCGCCUCCGACUCAGACUGCGGGUGAUUUCUCAAGUGAUCGGUGCCCAUCGGACAAGGCCGAUUGCCAUCCCACCGAGGGCACACCGACACCAGUGCUGGUGACUAAACCCCCCUUCCCUGAUUGGUGGCCUGUUUGUGGCCUGAAAGUCGGCGAUCCGAUUUGCACGGCGCCGGAGCUUCUAGAAGAAAAGAUUUUUCCGUUUUGCUUCGAAUCGCACAAGCGCGCCGACAUCUACGCCUUGGGCGUCGUUAUGUGGGAGAUUCUGGCGUGGGCCAUGGGGUCCGCGAUUGGCCGGCCGAAGAGCAACGAGGCUCAACCGCCUGGAGGAUGGGUACCCCAUCAGUCCGGCCUGGCGGCAAUGAGGCAGAUGGCUUGUUUGAGACAGCCCAACCUGCUUGUUUUGGACGCACCCAAGCUGGAUCCAAUUACUGACAGAAAUGACCUUGAGGCUCAGAGCCAAUCAGUCGACCGCCCAAACUGGAGCCAAGUGUGUGAAUUCUUCGCGAAGCUCCUUCCUGAAUGCUGGAAUCGCUGCCCGGAAAAACGCCUGAGUGCGUUGCGGAUUAAAAAGAACCUGGCUAAAUUCUCAGAAGGAUUCCUAGUCAAAGAUAAAGCUUCUGAUGCCGGGCUAUCUCGGUGA